UAUUAUCUGGUCAUACUAGUUGCUUAGCUUGUCACGUGAUCAUAGACGUCAUCCGCAGUAAAAUUUGCUAAAAUAUUUUUAUAUUUUAUUUAUUUAUUAUUAUUAUUAAAUCAAAUAAAACUUACCUAGAGUUUCAAACUAAAGCAUCAUAAGAAUUUAGAAAAUUGGAUGAUACAUAAAACGUAAUGGCUUAUACGGAGAAAGUGUCGCUUAGUGGUACCGCUUUAUCCUUUUUGUUGUAUGAAUGUAUAAAUUCAGGAAUCAGUCAGGAAGGAUUUCUCAUCGGCGACGUAACUUCUGAAAUAACUAAUCACAUAUCUGACUCUCAAAGUGAUAACGCACGCCUAGAUACACAAAUAGUAAUCAGAACUGUGCUACCGUUACCAUCAGUUUCGUUAUUUUAUUUUCCUACGGGGAAGAUAAAAGAGGACGUACUCGCGGACUUACUGUCUAACACAGCUAAUGAAGUUGUUGGUUGGUAUAAGUAUAGAAAAAACACAAAUAUUAAACCUACGUUCAGAGACAAGUUAAUAGCUAAAGGUUUACAGAAGUACUUUGAGAAAAAUCAUGGCAAAAAGACAUUUGUUACAUGCAAUCUUUCAAACAGGUCAUCAGCAACUGGAUCUACACACACAUUUACAUACAGGUUUGGCAAAAUAAAUUGUUUUGACAUGUAUGAAUACAUAGAGGAUGUGACAGGCAACUUGGGUGAGAAACAUGUUGGCUACAGGAGGGCACACCGACUUCCGCCACACUGCCUAUUCAAUAAAAUUGUGAAGGAAACAAAUGUGCAGAACAGCAACGCAGGUGAUGCCAUACUACGUAUACAACAAGCAGUGGAUGUGAGGUUGAUCCAAGAAGCCAAGAUUGCUGCCAAAAACGAGAGCACAAUAAGGGAGCUGGAAGCUGAAAUUAGGGAGAUGACUAAUAUCCUAAGAGAUAAACAUUCAACAGAAUUGCACGCAGCUUACAAUAAAAUUGUUGAGGAGAAGUUUAUGAAUACAGAAGCGGAAAUGGCUGAAGCAUGUGUGCAGGCUUUGAAAACACCACUUAAACUUGAUAUUUUGAGUGUAAAUAACAUACCAAUGAACAGUAGCCACAUAGCAGAAAAUGAAGUAAUUGAAGAGGUUACUGAAAAUGAAGUAAACAACAGAAGUACAAAUCCCUGUUUGAUAACCUCAAGCCCAACUAAACCAACAUUAAAUUAUGCAGCAGCUCUGAGAGGUAACCCGGAGGUGGCUUCAACAAGUAGGGCAAAUAACUAUAAUGAAGAUUUAAUCACAUUUGAUGUUGAGGACAAAAGGGUCAAAAAGACAAUCAUAGUUAAUGAAGAUGUGAAGUGUUUUGGUGACAGCUCACCUGAGUACUGAAGUGCCUUUUGUGUGUUAUCAAGUUACCAUAAGAUAACUACUUUAUUGGAUAAUUAUAUUUUUGUCUGUUUAUUCUGUUACUAAUUGCUAAUACUCAUAAGCCAAACAAUAUUUUAACUGUAGUUGUGGAUGAGUCAUACUGUGUGUAUCUAAUUGUUUAGCAUUUACUUUACACAAUUCUACCAAAUAUUAUGAUAAUAAUCUCAUUUCAUAUAAUUGUAAUAUUCAUUACAUAAAUUAUUCUCUAUAUAUCAUAUAAUGUUUCUUACUAAAAAUGUUGGUGCCAUUGUGUUCGCAUAAAAUAUUUGUUGUUAUAAUGCUUCAAUCAAUUUUUUUUCUUCAUAUAACUGUUUACUUUGUUGCCAUGGAUGUUUUAAACAUAUUGUUUUCAUUAUAAUUAUAAUGUGCCCUCAAGUCAUUCUGCUGGAUUAUUAUAUAUACAUGAAUAUGAAAAUUAAUUAGGAAUAUGUAACUGAGACAAAACAUAUUUUUAUAUAAAUCCCAAUAUUUUCUUUCCAAAUGAAUUAACCAUACUCAUAUAUUCAGAAACUAUUUUUACAAAUAGUUAUUUCUAAUUAGUGUUUCAUGUUUGGGGUGACAAAGGUGCUCGAUGUUCCGCUAUUUAAUAUGUAGCCCAUAUGCCAAUAUUUAAAUUACAUCAAUUUCAGUAACAGUGAUUUUCCCUUUGGGGGUGAGGAAGGGUUGGUGCAACCAGCGGGAGCAAAAAAAUGGUAGCUGAAUUUAAAGAUACACUUACACCAUGCGCGGCUUUGUAUGCGCAAGGCUUUUUUUAGGGGGGGAAAGGCGUUGUCAGGGCGGACGCCGCCUAACUAUGUCUCCCCUCCACUUAAGCUACACACAUGUCAUGGUCUUAAGCCGUAUCCAACUCACAGGAUAAAGUCUAAUGCGUUUGAAAUAGCGUACUUUUCAUAUGUUUGAUUAUGUAAGAUAUUUUAUGUCUAAAAGAAAAUAAUACGAAAAUUUAAUUCUAGCGUGAAAUCGGCAUCAAAAGAUAGGGCCGUGGUGUUGAUAUCGUGAGAGAGAAAUCUCUUCCUCCUCACGCAAAUUGCCGGUGACACUCGGUAGCGUUACAGUUUGCUAUUUCUUUUCUUUGACAGCUACCCUUUCCACCAAUUUUCAUAAGUUUUAUAAAUUAUUAUUGUGUGGAUUUUGAAAAAAAAAUCCACUAUAUUUGGGUUGACUUAAAUUUUCAUUAUUUAAAAAAGUAUUGUCAACUACUCAGUUAUAUUACGUAUUAAUUGUAUUAAUUUAAAAAUAUUAUACUUCUUUGUUAUUGUUAGGUACCAUUAUAUGGGAAAACAAUAUACUGAUUAUAAUAUUUAAGAUGAAAAAAAUGGCACCUAAUCAUAUAUUACAUGAUAUUUUGUAUAUUAUGUUAAAUAAAUACAACAAAUUCGUUUUAUAAAGCCAAAUUAAAAUUUUAUGCGAGCUUACUUGGACACCAGAAAGACAGUUUUAAGAAUUAUGCAGUCUGUCAACAAAGGCACGGAUGAGAUUAGGAGCAUUACGCUGCCAGGACUGAAUAAUAGCAAUAAUGGUAUUCAGCAGAAAACCCACCCACUUAAAAACAGUGGACAUAUUGCACGAUUCUUUAUGAUGCCAAUAUGCUAUUGUAAUUUUGCCAGAUUAUUCUCAUUAAUUUUAGGGGCAUGGCUACUAAAAUAUUCCUGUUAUCUUUUAGGUGAUAUCUUGAAAACUAUAAAUUUGCCUUAUAUCAAAAAGCUCCACUUAUUGUGAUUGUAAAUAUCUAUUUUUUGCAUUAAUACAUAUCUGAUAGUAUGUUUAAAGUCAUCUGUUCUAUUAAGUUUCACAUUAUAUUGUUUCCAAUACAUCACUGUACAUUAAACCCACUACUUAUAAAUAUGCAUAAAUACCUACUGUAUUUUAUUGGAAUGUAAAAUCAUUGUUUGGAUGAAUAAGUAAUAAUUUGUACAGAAUAUUUUUGUAAUAAAAGUAUUAGUAUUGUGUUAGUUAUUUUUAAGCAGUUCUGGACUUCAUUUGAAGAUCGAUUUACGUAAGAGUUUUUUGAACGAGUGCCGACGAGAACUAUUAUGUAUAAUUUUUCUGAUUUACAAAUAUACUUCUGUGUGUAAAUGUAAUAGCAAACUACCGAUUAUUCCCGCGCUGCGAAAUUUUAAAAGCUAAGUGUAAAACAGACCUUUUUUGUAAUCGACUAGCUUUCGCUUGCGGUUUCACCAACUAAAAGAGUUUUACCGGGAUUUAAAAUCCACUAUAUGCUUUCUCGGGAUAAAAUGUAGCCUGUGUCCUUCCGAGAGUCUCGAACUAAAUCCUUACAAAAUUUCAUAAAAAUCCGUUCGGUACUUUUUGCCUUUAUGGCAUUCAGAUAGACACGAGAAGGGUCUUUGUUUUACGUAUAUGCAAGGAUAAUUUUCAAUACUUGUAAACCCAGACGCCAGGGGAACCUUUGAAAUAUGUUUCAAACUAAUUUAUUUAGUGUCCCAAAAAAAGACAACUCUUAUGUGAUAUGUAAAUAAAUUUACACACUUUAACUUCCUCGUGCUCUACAAAGAAUAAUCUCUAAAACAGUGCUAUUGUUUACUCGACUGAUGCGCGUUUUUUGAGAUAAUUUAAAGCAAGCGAAAGCCACAACCGCGGCACAGGCUAAAGGAUUAUUACCGUUUAAUAUCACGUCGUCCGUACAAUAAACUCUUUACGUGUAAAUUAACUAUUUACCAACUAAAAAAAACAAUAAACCAUUGUGGACUCACAUCAAACGAAUGUUGGUCACGCAAAACUUAUCGUAAAAUAUUGCAUAUAAUUGAACUUUUCGUGAAGUUGUAACUGGAAACCUCUAAAUUAUAUCUUUUCUAUAGCAUGUACGACAUAAGAUCUAUAUAUUUGAUCUUAACAAAUUAGAAUCUGGUAUAAUAAAACAACCAUAUCCUAACAAA